AUGAAGAACAUGUCCAAUCUUCCACAAGACUUGGUAGAAGAGAUACUCUCUAGAGUUCCGUUGACAUCUUUGAGAGCGAUGCGAUCUACUUGUAAAAAGUGGAACACUCUAUUUAAAGAUGAGAGGUUUACAAAGAAGCACAUUGCCCAAGUUGCUGUAGAAACUACUAAGGAAAGGGAGUUUGUGGCGAUCAUGUUGCUAAACUUUAGGGCUUAUUUAAUGAGAGUCAAUCUCCAAGGAAUUCAUAACAACUCUAAUCCAUUAUUAAAGCCUAUAGGUAAACUUAUUAGCCUAGACACUUCAGAUCAAGUCAAUAUAUCUCGGGUAUUUCGAUGCGAAGGUUUAUUGUUAUGCACCACAAAAGACUACACUAGGCUAGUAGUUUGGAAUCCGUAUUUGGGACAAACUUUGUGGAUCUGCGUCGAACCAAGAUUUGUUCGUCACAGAAAGUUCUACUACGUAAAUGUUCUCGGAUAUGACAAGAGCAAAUCAUGCUACGCUUAUAAAAUCUUGAGAUUUGCUCAUUUUUUCUUUGAGAAAUCUAUCCACGAAAUCUACGAAUUAAACUCUAAUUCAUGGAGGGUUCUUGAUGUCACUCCACACUGGUGUAUAUCGUAUAAUAGUCAUAGUGUGUCUUUAAAGGGAAAUACCUACUGGUUUACUUCCAAUCUAGAAUCAAAGGAUAAAUUCCUUGAAUUACUCUGUUUUGAUUUUACUACGGAAAAAUUUGGACUGCAUUUGCCUUUGCCGUUUGAAUUUUAUUACUGCCAAACUGUGACUUUAUCUGCUUUUAAAGAAGAGCAGCUUGCGGUGUUACAUCAGAGCUCGUAUGGUGACCUUGGGAUGGAGAUUUGGAUUACGACUAAAAUUGAGCCCAAUGAGGUUUCAUGGAGUAAGUUCUUAGCGGUUUAUAUGCGACCACUCACUGGAUUUCAGUUUAAUACUGGUGGAAGUUUCCUGAUUGACGAAGAGAAUAGAGCUGUAGUUGUUUUUGAUACUGAUAAACAUAUAUUUAAUCCCACUCGCAACAUAGCUUACAUCAUUGGAGAAAAUGGUUACUACAGAGAAGUGGAUCUAGGAGAAAUAACAACUGAGAGUUUCCCGCUUGCGUGCCCUUAUGUUCCAAGUUCAAUGCAAAUCAACCAACAUCCAUGA